UUCAUCAACUUUGGAAGCUUAAGAUUUCAAAUUUCAUAUUCAACUACCUUUAUAAUGACAAUAAAAAGGGCCACACGAGCACAGGGUAAAAUGAACCAAUCAUGUUAUUGCAAACUGCUUAUUUCCAACCCAAGCGUGGAUAAAUGACAGGUCAGUCUGAAAAGAAUACAGUUUUGGAACCUUCAACCGUAUUCAAAUUUGUUUGUUCAGUCCAUCGGCACAUUAAGAAGUAGAAGAAGGAUACUAAGCUUCGCAGGAACAUCAGGCAAACACAACGGAUGCUGUGGAAAUGUCUUUGUUUAGCGAAGAGGCUAAACGAAAGUUGGAGUUAAAUUUGUUAAAUCAGCUUGCUAUGCCAUCCAGCUUAGAGCCCGGGCCUUCACAUGCAAACACAAGAUAUUUCAGUCCCUCUGACGUGUUCACGGUACUUUAUGGCACAAACACAGCACGGCAGGUCAGUAUGGACGAAGGUGGUACUUUCACUACAGCGCAACUCAGAACAGCGGACAGAGUUAAUUCAGCUUGUAAACUUUGUCAAACAAUACCACAUGGAGCGUGUCACAUGCACGAGCAACCCACUCAAUCGCUGACAGGCGGACGGCUCAGCUACGCUGUCAAGUCACUGCCACCAGAAUGUAAGCUAGGCGUCUCUAACUCAGCAGUGGAGGGGCACGGUGUAUACACUAACCAACCCAUCCCUACAGGUACAUGGAUUGGCCCCUUUGAAGGCAGACGAAUUCGUCCUUGUGACGUCACACAACACAUGGACACGUCGCACAUGUGGGAGGUGAGAUACAAGUCUUAAACGCUGUGUUUUUAAGUGGAUAGUUUUUACUGUGGUUGGUUCUUUCUCGAUCUGAAAGAUGAAAAAAUAUAUUCAUUUAUAGCCCUGACUAUUCUUUGUUUACAGCUUUCAAUUGCACUUCCAUAUUAUUCUUUCUUGAACUACGCAUUGUGUCGACUGAAAUUCCUUCAUAGUUUUGAAGUUUGAUUACUCUUGCAACGUUUUUUCAGUCAGUUAUCUCAUAAAAAUUAUGAUUGGGCAACCACUGUGCCUUGGUUUCAAGCGUACAUACAUACAUACAUACAU